CACUUUCUUAAAAUUGUGUGGGCUGUUGAUGGGAGUUGCAGCCUAUCUUUCAAAAAGGAGUGAGACUGCUAAGGCUUUUGAGCCACUUGAACCUUCUCAGCUUUCCAAGUAUUUUGAACCUUCUAAGUCUGGAAAGCUCAUCAUUGAGAUACUGAAGCAGUGGAACACACUAACAAUGUUGUCAGAAGCCAUACAUGAGAUUACGAAAACUCCAGAACUGAAAAGCAUACGUGAGCUUAAGAAGAAAAGCUCAGAACUUAAAAGUAAAUUGCAUGCCAUAGAGAUCUUCAAUAUUGUCCUGGAAGGUGGGGAAUUGCCAAAGGAAAUUCAACAGGCAAUGCAAAAUGUAAUUCAGCAAGUAGUCCAGAGUGCAGUUCAGAAGGCAGUCCAGAAUGCAGUUCAUACGAGUAUUGUGUCUACUUUUGUAGAAAACAAAGUUCCUUUGCAGAACAAUCCAUGUGAGCCUAGGUUUGCGGAACCAGGAGUUGGCCUGCAGGUGGUCGUAUUGAAAAAUGUGGAAGGGCCAAACAUUGUUUUUAGGUGAUACAAUGAUCCAUACACAAAGAGAGUCAAUGGAAUUAUGGAAGGUUCAGAACAUCAGAACACUCAGUUAAUUUGAAGCCGUUCAUAA